AUGGCUCAUCCAGAUCAUACAAGAGAUCCAUGUCCAUAUGUCAUUCUGAACGAUUUCGGUGGGGCUUUCUCGAUGGGUGCUAUAGGUGGUGGGAUAUGGCAUGGGAUUAAAGGAGCGAGAAAUAGUCCCAGGGGAGAACGUUUGACAGGUUCACUAUCAGCUAUAAAAGCUCGUGCUCCUGUUCUCGGGGGAAACUUUGGAGUUUGGGGAGGAUUAUUCUCGACAUUCGAUUGUGCUGUAAAGGGAUAUAGACAGAAAGAAGAUCCUUGGAAUGCUAUAAUAUCUGGAUUUUUGACUGGUGGAAGUUUGGCGGCGAGGGCCGGACCUAGAUCAGCAUUAGGUUCAGCGGUAGGUUGUGGGGUUUUAUUAGGGGUGUUUGAGGGGGUGGGAGUAUUGAUGAAUCGUAUGUUCGCCCAACCUGUACCUGCUAUACCAAUAUCCGAACCAACACCUUCAUCCCCCGCCGUGGUUGCGUAG